GCCUCCCGUCUGGGUCCCAGCAGCGCCGCGCCUGCGUACUGAGUUACCACGCUCAGAGCCCGCGCGCUUCUGCUUGGGCUUGUAACCCGAGAAGUGGCGGGCAUCUCUGGGCCUCAGUUUCCACUUAGGAUCUACAAAUCUCAGGGCACCACUGCGGAACCCCGGGGCUCAGUUUCCUGUUUGGUUUAUCCAAGACAAAGACUUAGCUGGCAGAAGACUCCAAAGGUCCUGCAGCCAAUUCCAAGAGCACUUGAGGCAGCAAGAGAAGCUGCCUUCCAGUGAUCGAAAAUGAUUACCCGUUCUCAAGUCUCCAAGAUAAAGGAGGAUGUAGGUUUGAGGAGAUCAGUUCGCCUCAUAAACAAGCAAGCCAAGAAGCAGGUGAUCAAAGAGGAGCAUCAGAGGAGAGUUGAGGCCAAGAAGAAGGCAAGAGUCCAGAAGAAGAAGGCAGCUGCUGGGGAGGUAGAAAGCAAGUGCAGAGCUGCAGCGGGGCCCUUUGGCCCAUCUGGUCCCCAUGGCCCAACUGGCCGCCGCCGCCGCCAAGCUGGCAGCCACCGAGGGCAAACUGGCCGUCGCCGCAGCCGAGCUGGCCCUCAGGCCCUUGCUGGCCAAGCCGGGCCCUAUGACCAAGCUGGCCCCCACUCAAGUCAAGUAUCUGUGAAGCUCCCACGUAGCGAGGAAGACAUGAAGGAAUCCGACGGGAGAGGAAGUCUGAAUCGGGAUGAAGACCUCUGCGACUGCCUGGACCAAGCCUGCCCGGGCUGCUUCAACACGUGCUCCGAGUGCCAUUCCACCAAGUGUUUUGUCAUCUGCCACCACAAGCGGGACUUGGUUUACGAGGCCACUUCCAACGAGGAUAAAGAAGUGGUCGGCACCUUCGUAUUUACUGAUGCUGAGUAUUAAAGGGAGCUGGAUUCUCCUGGGACUGUCCCCAGAGUCUCUCUUCUGCAGUUUAUGAAGUGGAAAAAUAUCUACAUAUAUAUUCAAAAUAGUUAUGAGAUUCCACAACUGAAGAAUAUAUACUGUUAAAGUGACAGCAGAUAAAAAAAGAAUAAAAAAAAGUUUGUUAAGU